AUGGCAGAGACUCAUGGUUUGAUGGAGAGACUGGAGAAAGCAGUGACUCGGCUUGAAUCAUUAUUUUCAGAUUCACACAGAUCUGGUGGAAUGGAGUGUGCUGCCAUCAAUGGAGUCAAUGGAAGCAUAGCACCAUAUGUUGAAGCCUUUGAUAGGCUGCUGAAUGGAAGUGUUGCCGAGUUUCUCAGGUACAGCAGGAUUCUUGAAGGAGAUGUGAAGACACAUGCAGAGAUGGUACGUGCUGCUUUCCAAGCGCAGAGAUCUUUCCUGGUAUUAGCAUCUCAAUGUCAAGAGCCUCAAGAGAAUGAGGUGGCAAUGCUUCUCAAGCCAAUAUCAGAGAAGAUUCAGGAAAUCCAGAACUUCAGAGAAAGGAACAGAGGAAGUGAAAUGUUCAACCACCUCUCAGCUGUCAGUGAGAGCAUACCAGCCCUUGGGUGGAUAGCAGUGUCUCCUAAACCAGGCCCUUAUGUCAAGGAGAUGAAUGAUGCUGCUACCUUCUAUACUAACAGGGUAUUAAAGGACUACAAGCACAGUGACACACGCCAUGUUGAUUGGGUGAAGUCAUAUCUGAACAUUUGGUCUGAGCUUCAAGCUUAUAUCAAAGAGCAUCAUACCACAGGUCUCACCUGGAGUAAAACUGGUCCUGUUGCAUCGCCCAUGUCUAUGCGGUCGGUUCUUACCGGCGGGGCGUGCCUGUCCCCACCGCCGCUGCCGCCGCCGGGACCUCCCCCCCUGUUUGAGGCAGAAGCCACCAAGGAUGAAGGAACUGCAGCUCGCUCGGCCCUCUUCGCAGAGCUGAACCAGGGAGAGGCAAUCACCAAAGGGCUUCGACAUGUCUCUGAUGACCAGAAGACUCACAAGAACCCCAGUCUACGUGCCCAAGGUCCUUCUGUUCACUCUCCAACAAAAAGUCAUACUCCAAGUCCUAACUCUCCUAAGAAUUCCCCACAGCAGAGCCAUGCCCCUGUCUUGGAACUAGAGGGAAAGAAGUGGAGAGUGGAAUAUCAAGAGGAUAAGAAUGACCUGGUCAUUAACAACACUGAACUCAAGCAAGUGGCCUACAUUUUUAAGUGUAACAAAUCUACGCUUCAGAUAAAAGGAAAAAUCAAUUCAAUUACUAUUGACAACUGUAAAAAGUUUGGCCUUGUGUUUGACAAUGUUGUGGGAAUCGUGGAAGUGAUCAACUCCAGGGAUAUUCAGAUUCAGGUGAUGGGGAAAGUGCCAACCAUUUCUAUUAACAAAACAGAAGGCUGCCACAUCUACCUCAGUGAGGAAUCAUUAGACUGUGAGAUUGUUAGUGCCAAGUCAUCCGAGAUGAACAUCCUCAUCCCCCAAGAUGGUGAUUACAAAGAAUUUCCGGUUCCUGAACAGUUCAAGACAGCAUGGGAUGGAUCUAAAUUGGUCACUGAACCUGCAGAGAUUGUGGGUUAACUUCCUAACGCCAUACAGCACUUGCUGACCGUGACCAGACCACAGCCAGCAUAAACAAAGCAGUAAUGUAAAGAACUAGAAGUAGCAGUGGUUCAUACUGCUGUGAUAGGCCUUCAAGCAUUAGCUCUGCAUGCUAGAAACAAUAACACAUCUGGCACGCUUUUGUUAGGCAUCCCAGUAUUUUUCACUUUUCCACAGUUUGCCUUCAUAUACAAUUUUAAUUCUAAAUGAUGUCAUGUGAAUGUAAUGAAUUUAAGCCCCCACCCUCUAGUCACAUCAUUGGUUUGAAAUACUGUAUACAUUAAGCCAAAAUACUGCAUGAUACACUCUGUUAUCAUCUUGCUUCAGUGCAUUCCUUUUUCUGUUUCUGCUAAUCAAAAACAGCAUUAAGACUUUUAGAUGUUUAUUUUUAAAUAUUAAGCAAUUCCUGUAUGAUGCAGUAAAAACAUACCCCUACAAAGUAUGCAGUUCCUUGUAGUUCUGUGGCAAUCAUAAUGGGUUUUGUUUUAAACAAGCAAAAAA